UAUAAUACAUGUAACUUUAAGGAGCUAUCAAGAUAUUUAGCCUAUUCUUUAUAAGUCGAAUAUAGUAGUUAGUGGACAUUUCAUUUUGAUUCUAAACUGGUGGGCAGGAAAGUUUACUUUGUCAAUCAAAGGUAUUGAUAUUGUUUUUUUGUGUCAGCUAUGUUGACGCUCUUGAACAUUGUCAAUCAAAAAUAUGAGUCAGAAUCCAGGCUACUUUUUUUAUUCAUUUGCUGCCAAUUUCUCUUCAUUUUACUAACUUCUGCAGCAUUAGACACAAUCACUACAGAUAAAUCCAUUAGAGAUGGUGACACAAUUGUUUCAGCUGGUGGGGUUUAUGAGCUUGGAUUUUUCAGCCCUGGAAAUUCGAAGAAUCGCUACGUUGGCAUAUGGUACAAGAAGAUAUCACCUAGAACUGUUGUCUGGGUUGCGAACAGAGAUAUUCCACUUAAUGACACUUCAGGAGUGUUGACACUUAAACCCAAUGGAAUUCUUGUACUUGUUGAUAAUUCCAAUAUCUCAAUUUGGUCAUCAAACUCAUCAAGAUCCUUAAAGAAUCCAAAAGCACGGCUUCUGGAUUCCGCGAACCUUGUUGUCAGUGAUGGAAAUGACAGAGACCUGGGAAUUAAUUUUGCGUGGCAGAGUUUUGAUUAUCCAGGAAAUACUUUAUUACCUGGAAUGAAAAUAGGAAAAAAUUUGGUUAUGGGCAUGGAUUGGUAUGUAACGUCAUGGAAGAGCACGGAUGAUCCUACUCCUGGUGAAUAUAUAGACCGUGUUGAUUCACAUGGAUACCCCCAAAUAUUCUUGUUGAGAAAUUCAUCUAUAGUGUUUAGCUCAGGGCCAUGGACUGGUGUUGCAUUUAGUAGUAGUCCUAGUAAUAAACCAACUUUGUAUUAUACUUUCGAGUUUGUUAUCAAUCAGCAGGAAGUUUACUUCAAAUACGAGCUUAAGAAUGACUACAUGCCCACCAGGGUGGUGCUCAACCCGGAUGGGGUGAUAGAACACCUAACGUGGAUCGAGCAUAGUCAGAGCUGGUUUCUCUACUUGACAGCACAACUUGAUAAUUGUGAUCGUUUUGCUUUAUGUGGACCUUAUUCAAGUUGCAACAUCCAUAACUCCCCUCCAUGUGACUGUCUGAAAGGUUUUGAGCCUAGGUAUCCUCAAGAUACUGCAGCAGACUGGUCUAGUGGUUGCGUAAGGAGAACUUCUUUGAAUUGUACCCAAGAUGGUUUUCUUAAAUUUACGGGUAUCAAGAUGCCGGAUUCUAGAAACUCCUGGCAUAAUGCGAGUAUGAACCUUGAAGAUUGUGAGAAAAUGUGCUUAGCUGAUUGCAAUUGUACAGCCUACUCAGAUCUUGAUGUUAGAAAUGGUGGAAGUGGAUGCUUACUAUGGUUUGGAGAACUCAUAGAUAUACGAGAGUUUAGCCAAAAUGAUCAAAAUCUGUAUGUGAGAGUAGCUGCUUCAGAAUUAGACAGGACGCGGAGGAGAAAGAGGUCAGUCCUGAUAGCUGUUAUCGCAGCAGUGGUAGCAAUAUUUAUCCUCAGCUUAUUAGCUUGGUUUUCCUUCCAAAGAAGGAAAAAAAGAACAGGUUCAGAAGUUAAAAAUGAGGACAUGGAGCUUCCAUUGUUUGAUUUAGCUACUCUUACUAGCGCCACUGAAAACUUCUCUUCUGGUAAUGUGAUUGGGGAAGGUGGCUUUGGACCGGUUUACAAGGGUAUCCUACCAAGUGGACAAGCGAUAGCAGUAAAGAGGCUAUCGAAGUAUUCUGGACAAGGCGUUCAAGAGUUAAAAAAUGAAAUUGUUCUCAUUUCCAAGCUGCAACAUAGGAACCUUGUCAAGCUAUUGGGUUGCUGCCUUGAAGGAGAAGAAAGGAUGCUAAUCUAUGAGUUCAUGCCCAACGCUAGCUUGGACUAUUUCAUUUCUGAUCCAAGCAGAAAAGCUUCACUUUCAUGGAAGAAUCGUUUUGAAAUUGCUAUGGGAAUAUCUCGAGGUCUUCUUUACCUUCACCAGGAUUCAAGAUUAAGAAUUAUUCACAGAGAUCUCAAGACCAGCAACAUUUUAUUAGAUAGUGACAUGAAUGCCAAAAUUUCUGAUUUUGGCCUUGCCAAAAUUUUUGGUGGAGACCAAAUGGAAGGAAAAACUAAGAGAGUAAUAGGGACGUAUGGAUAUAUGUCGCCGGAGUAUGCUGUUGAUGGGAAAUAUUCAGUAAAAUCAGAUGUAUUCAGCAUCGGUGUAAUCAUUCUUGAAAUAGUUAGUGGCAGAAGGAAUAGGAAAUUUCAUCAUUUGGAUCAUCAUCACAAUCUCUUGGGACAUGCAUGGUUACUUUGGACUGAAGGAAAAGCUUUGGAACUGAUAGACGAAUGUAUGAAAGAAUCCUUUUCAGAAUCUCAAGUGUUGAGAUGCAUCCAGGUUGGUUUGUUAUGCGUCCAAAAACUCCCCGAGGAUAGGCCUACAAUGGCAUCAGUAGUUUUCUGGUUAGGCAAUGAAGGUCUAGUUCUUCCUCAACCAAAGCAACCUGGUUUUUUCAUAGAGAGGAAUUCAAUGGAAUCAACAGAGUCAACUGAUGAAGGAUAUCUAAGUAGCAGCGUGUCGAUAACAGUUCUAGAGCCAAGAUAGACAUAAAAUCCCAAUUAGAAGUUUUGAAAUGUAUUCACUUCUUCAUUUUGUCAAUAUGAGUACUAUUGUAUAUAUGAUAAAGAGUAAUGUUCUUAUCAAGAGUUCAAGAAUAUCAUAUUUACAGCAUGACAAAAACUUUCCAU